AUGGAGCGGGUGAGCGAGGCCGCCGCCUGCGGCCCCUCGUCGGGCUGCUACACCUACCAGGUGAGCCGGCACAGCGCCGACGUGCUGCACAGCCUCAACCAGCAGCGCAAGAACGGCGGCCGCUUCUGCGACGUGCUCCUACGCGUGGGCGACGAGAGCUUCCCGGCGCACCGCGCCGUGCUGGCCGCUUGCAGCGAGUACUUCGAGUCGGUGUUCAGCGCGCAGCUCGGCGACGGGGCAGGUGGCGGCGGCGGCGGCGCGGAGGGGAGCGCGGCGGAGGCGGCGGCCGGAGGGGCUGCAGCGGCGGCCGGCGGCGCCCCCGGGGGCGGGCGGGAGCUGGAGAUGCACACCAUCAGCUCCAAGGUGUUCGGAGACAUCCUGGACUUCGCCUACACGUCCCGCAUCGUGGUGCGGCUGGAGAGCUUCCCGGAGCUCAUGACGGCCGCCAAGUUCCUACUGAUGCGCUCCGUGAUCGACAUCUGCCAGGAGGUCAUCAAGCAGUCCAACGUGCAGCUCCUCGUGCCCCCCGCACGCCCUGACAUUAUGUUGUUCCGUCCGGGGGCUGCUGACCUCGGCUUCCCUCUUGACAUGACCAAUGGUGCCGCUUUGGCACCCAAUGGCAAUGGCAUUGCUGGCAUGCCUGAAGACGAGGCCACGCGGGCUGCGCUCACGGCUGCGCAAUCCUCCCUACCUGUCCUGCAGGGUGUGGACCGCCUGCCCAUGGUGGCGGGACCUCUGUCCCCACCGCUGCUGGCCUCACCGUUCCAGAAUGUUGCUGCUAGUGCCCCCACUUUAAGCACCAAGAGGGGCAGAGGGCGUCCCCGUAAAGCCAAUCUCUUGGACUCCAUGAUGUUUGGUACCCCAGGGGGCCUGCGAGAGGCUGGUAUCCUGCCUUGUGGUCUCUGUGGGAAAGUAUUCACGGAUGCUAAUCGUCUUCGGCAGCACGAGGCUCAACAUGGGGUGACAAGCUUACAGCUGGGCUACAUAGACAUCCCACCCCCACGACUGGGUGAAAACGGUGUUCCUGGUCAGGAUGACCCCGAUGCACCUCGAAAAAGAAGCAGGACAAGGAAACAGGUGGCCUGUGAGAUCUGUGGCAAGAUUUUUCGGGAUGUGUACCACCUGAAUCGGCACAAGCUGUCACACUCUGGCGAAAAGCCUUACUCUUGUCCGGUGUGUGGCUUGCGGUUCAAGCGAAAAGACAGGAUGUCCUAUCAUGUUCGAUCGCAUGAUGGCUCUGUGGGAAAGCCCUACAUCUGCCAGAGCUGUGGAAAAGGCUUUUCCAGGCCAGACCACUUGAAUGGACACAUCAAACAGGUGCAUACCUCAGAGAGACCUCACAAAUGUCAGCAGGAAAAUGGCAGCCACCAUGGAAUAAGCUCAGAGACAUCCACAUCCAUAGAAAAGUUGAAACUUCAAGAGACUUGUAAUGCUUCCUUUGCCACUCGUGACCGGCUGCGCUCACACCUGGCAUGUCACGAAGACAAAGUUCCAUGCCAGGUGUGUGGGAAGUACUUGCGAGCAGCAUAUAUGGCAGAUCACUUGAAGAAGCAUAGCGAAGGACCAAGCAAUUUCUGCACUAUCUGUAACCGAGGUUUCUCCUCUGCCUCCUACUUAAAGGUCCAUGUUAAAACCCACCACGGUGUUCCCCUUCCCCAGGUCUCCAGGCACCAGGAGUCCAUCCCGAAUGGGGGAGCAGCGUUCCACUGCGUCAGGACCUAUGGCAUCAAAGAAGGCCAGAAAUGUUCACAUUCGGACCCGAUUGAGAGUUCUGAUUCAUAUGGAGACCUCUCUGACACCAGUGACCUCAAGACUCCUGAGAAACAGAGCACCAAUGGGUCCUUCUCGUGUGACCUGGCAGUCAGCAAAAACAAAAUGGAGACGGAAGGAGAGAAGAAGUACCCGUGCCCUGAAUGCGGCAGCUUUUUCAGAUCAAAGUCUUAUCUGAACAAACACAUACAGAAAGUUCACGUCAGGGCCCUUGGUGGCCCACUGGGGGACCUGGGUCCUGCUCUAGGAUCCCCCUUCUCACCCCAACAGAACAUGUCUCUCCUGGAGUCGUUUGGGUUUCAGAUCGUCCAGUCAGCAUUUGCAUCAUCCCUAGUGGAUCCAGAGGUCGACCAGCAACCAAUGGGGCCAGAGGGGAAAUGA